AUGAGGAAUCUGCUUCAUGACCUUGGGAAGCCUCGGUCAGAGCACAUAUACAGGGAAGAGUUUCCAGAACCAGCUGUUUUUUUAAAAAAAGCACAGCUUGCUUCUUUCGGGAGUUGUCUGAAAGCGUUCUCUUCCCCCCCCCCUCCUUCUACAGUUCUGCUGAGCGAAUACGUGGACGACGGCGAGGUCAGCGGGAAAACCUUAAAGAUCACCGAUUUCGGCCUGGCCAGGGAAUGGCACAAAACCACUAAAAUGAGCGCAGCCGGGACUUACGCUUGGAUGGCGCCGGAGGUCAUCAAAAAUUCCACUUUUUCCCGGGGUAGCGACGUCUGGAGUUAUGGGGUGCUCCUGUGGGAACUGCUCACCGGCGAAGUUCCAUACCGGGGAAUUGACGGGCUGGCUGUGGCUUAUGGGGUUGCCGUCAACAAACUCACCCUCCCGAUACCAUCCACGUGCCCGGAACCCUUUGUACGUUUAAUGACGGAGUGCUGGCAGCAGGACCCCCACGCACGCCCCAGCUUUGCCUCCAUCCUCGAUCAGCUGACAGUCCUCGAAAGACAGGUGCUCCACGACCUGCCACAAGAGUCCUUCCAUUCCAUGCAGGACGACUGGAAAGUGGAGAUCCAGGAUAUGUUUGACGAGCUGCGUGCAAAAGAGAAGGAGCUGCUGAGCCGGGAGGAAGAGCUGAAGCAGGCGGCCCUGAAGCAGAAGUCCCAGGAGGAAUUCCUCCGCCAGCGAGAACACGAACUGGCCCAGUGGGAGCUGGAGGUCUUUGAGCGCGAACUCAGCCUCCUGAUCCAGCAGAUGAACCGCGACCGGCCGCACGUCAAGAAGCGCAAGGGAACCUUCAAGCGCAACAAGCUCCGAGGGAGGGACAGCGAGCGCAUCAGCAUGCCGCUCGAUUUUAAGCAUCGCAUCACGGUUCAAGCAUCUCCAGGGCUGGAUAAAAGGAAGGACGUCUUUGACGCAGGAGCCGGUGGCUCUCCCACGUUCCCACGAUUUCGCGCUAUCCAGUUGGAACCGAGUGAGAGCGAUCAAUCCUGGAACCGACAAGCAUCUCGUCGGGGCGAUGAGACCUGGAAUGGCCAUACCAAGAGCCCAGGCUCCCCCAAGAUGUCUGAGGGCAGUACGCAAAACGGCAGGAGAAGAUCGCGGCCAGAAGAAACAACGUGGUACAUAGAACCAGUCGGUUCCCCUGUUCCCUCACAACUCCAUUCUCAGCCCAGCCAGAACGGCGACGUUCCUGUCGUCAACUCUGCAGAAACCGAGGAGCCACCACUGGAAAGGCUGAACGGGCCCCGGCUCAUCCAGAGAGUUUUACUCCGGGGUUCGGCCUUGCUGGCUUCCCUGGGCUUGGGCCGAGAGUUGCCAGUCCCUUCUCCGGAGGGGCCCAUGGAGGGGCCAACUUCAAGGAAGCCAUCUCCCCGAAGAGAGCCUACUCCUGCUUUACAGGUGGAGCCCUGCAAGGAUGAGGCGGCCACUGAUCUCCUCAUUGAACUGGACUCGGUGGGGGACAGGACAGCCUUGCCACCUCUCUGGACACAAGAGUCACCCCGGGCGGCACAACUCGCGGAAGGCCGGACCACUAAGGCUCAAAAGUGGGAUGGCGCUUUCCCAUCUCCCUCCUCCCCCCCCCACCCCCCGUCCCCCCCCCCCCCCCCUCCACCCAACCCUCAUUUCCCGCCCCCGUCCCUCCCCUCUCCGCAGCCGGAUCGACCCCUGGAGCUUCGUGUCGUCGGGAUCCCGGGCCUCGCCAGCGGUCACCCCGGUCCAGUCGCCCUCCCUGGGUCCACGUCACUUCAAACCACUCACUCCCGAAAGCACCAAUCCUUUCGCGGCGCCCGUUUCAGAUCCUUUCGCCUGGGGGGACUUUUCGGUGCCCGCCGACCCUUUUCUCGGGACCUCCACACGGGCUGCCCCAGGGACACUCGACCCCGCAGUUUGCUGGACCUCCAGACCACUCCCAACUCCGCCAGACGACUUGCCAGCCUCCUCCUGGUGGGGGGGGACCUCCUGCCCACGGGGAAACCCGGUCCCCAAAUGACCAGGGACGCGCCAUUUCUGGAAAUACACCUGCCGGGCUUCACGGGACAGGGGCCGUGGCCUGUCGCGUGGCCAAAGAUCCAAGGACCACAGACGGCUGUUCUACAGGGAAGGACAUUUAAAAAAAAAAAAGACCUUGAACCUCGGUGGUGAAAACUUUGCUGGGGGGAGUCACACAAAGGGAGGAGGGGCUAAUUUCCUCCCCAAAUCUCCACUAUGCAAUGAACACUAAGCUGUCGCGGUCAAUGUGGAUUGCCUUGUGGUGCCCUUUUCCCCAUUGCCAUCCCUGCUCCUCCUGACAGGCAGCUAUCUGGAUUCUCACCUUGGCUCCCUUUCCUCCCACACCAGUGGGUCUUCCUCGUUUUCGUGGUGGGUGGGUGGGAAAUCACCACAGUCCUAGUUAAUUUUCUAUUCCCUCCCUCCAUCCCACCCGGGAAAAAAUAUGCAGCCAAGUGAGGCCUUUGCCCAAAGUUUGUCUUUUUGCACACCAAGAGAGGCAAUGUGAUGACCCAAAGAGGCGUGGCACAAAGGCAACACAGUCAGA